AUGGCCAGCAUGAAGGAACAGGUCCUGGGCUGGGCGCUCGCAGCAUCGAGGCAUGGAGACAGCUGGUGGCUUCCAUUCGUGCUCCUGGCAGUCUGCACUGUGAAUUCCAUCACUGGCGGAGUGCUCACUUGGUCUGUCGGGAUGAUCCAGAUGCUGCUCUUCAACAUCAUCGUGCUGUCCCGGAAGAAGACAUUCUUCAUCGCGCCCCUGAUGUUGAGCAUUGGCUCCCUGAUAGCUGGCUACUUCUACGUGGAGAUAAUGAAGUCAGAGGGCCAACGAGCGCUGCUGGCAAAGGCCGGUGUGGAGGAUUCGCAAUGGCUGGCGAAGGCACGCGAGUGGGCCAAAGAUUGGGGAGUUCUUGGCCUCGUCGGAAUGCAGGUAGUGCCGAUUCCUAUUCCGACAGCAGUGAUCGUGAUUUCCGGCGUGCUCGCUGAGAUGGAUGGCUUCAAGAUUCUUGUGACCGUUUUCACCAGCAAGUUCAUUCAGCUGACCCUUGGUGCAAUCGCCCUGAAAUAUGCAACGGAGCACCAAACUCCUGAACAGUACAUCCGCCAGCAGAUGGAGGGGGACAAGGCUGCAGAAACCAAAAAAGAUGAGUGA